AGAUGUUGUUUAGAACCAGUGACUGAAAAAAUAGAUAAAAACCCAUAGGAAGACUGUUUCAGCUGCUGUUGACAGAACAUGGAGCAAGUGAUGUAACAAGCAGAGAUUUGGACAUAGAUGUUGGAGAAAAGCACAACGGAUUAGAUGAACGUCGCAUUCAGGGACAUUCUAAUAUCUUGCACUUGCUUACAAGUUAUUCAACAUUAAAAUCACAGAGGACAAUAAACACUACUGCAAUGAACCAAACAGACUGUCCUGAGGUGAAGGUCCCAUUUCUCGUCUUCUUCACUGUCGGAAUCAUCAGCCUGGCUGAGAACCUCCUGGUUGUGGUGGCUGUCAUACGCAGCAGAAACCUUCACUCGCCCAUGUACUGCUUCAUGUGCAGCUUGGCUGCCUUCAACACCAUUGCCAGUGUGACAAAAACAUGGGAAAACUUGAUGAUAGUCCUUGCUGAUGCAGGACACCUGGAGAAGAGGGGUCCUUCUGAGACUGACCUAGAUGAUGUGAUGGACUCCCUGCUUUGCAUGUCGUUCGUGGGCUCUAAAUCCAGUUUCCUGGCCAUCGCUGUUGACCGUUACAUCACCAUCUUCCAUGCACUGCGAUACCACAACAUCAUGACAAUGAAGCGAACUGGAGUUAUCUUGGGGCUCAUCUGGACAUUAUGUGCAGUCCUGGCUGUGCUAAUGGUGAAAUUCUUCGACUUCAAGUUCAUUGUGAUCUGCUUCACUGUAUUCUUCAUCAUCUCCCUGGCAACUAUCUGCUUCCUCUAUAUUUACAUGUUUAUGAUGGCCCGCAUUCAUGCCAGGAACAUUGCAGCGCUACUUGGUGGUGGCAGGGACAGGUCUCAGCAUCAGAGGAGGUGGGGCAGCAACAUGAGAGGGGCUCUUACUCUUACCAUUCUGUUUGGGGCAUUUGUAGUGUGUUGGGCGCCGUUUUUUGUCCACUUGAUCAUCAUCGUGGUUUGUCCUAUGAAUCCAUACUGUGAAUGCUACAGAUCCUUGUUCGAACUGCAUGUGGUGCUGAUGAUGAGCCAUGCCCUCAUAGACCCAGCAAUCUAUGCCUUCCGCAUGGCUGAACUCAGGCACACUUUCAGAAAGAUGUUGUUUUUUUCAGGCUGGAAGUUGUGCUUGUAAAGAAAAUCUAUUCAGACCUUUUGCUUUUAAAUGUUUUUAUCCGUAGAACAAAAAGUAAUUGCCCUGCAUCCUGAUGAAUGCAUAACAUUAAACAUGCUCUCCCAAAAGUG